CCUCAACACAAAACUUCUAUCAAGUCUUUUAAGAACAAGAUUACUUCGUCGGAAUGACUGCAAAAGACACCAUGAUCGCGCAGACCGGAGGCGAGAUCCUCGCAGAAGAGCAGGUAGCCCGCCUCACGAAGCUACCAGCACCACAGCAGGCCUACGAUGCUCUUAACAGCGGCAUCGUCAAGGUCUUCACUAGUGCAAAUUUCGGUGGCGCCAGUUUCAUGAUUGAUACUGAAGACUAUGCGAGUGGCCAGCGUCACAGACUCUUGGCGGAGAAUUAUAACAAGGCUUGUUGGGUUACGUGGAACCUACCAGUGGGUACGGUGAUGACAAUGAUGGAACUCGACAAAACCCCUGAGAAGAACCAGCCCAUCGCCGAUCCUCGUGGUUGUGGUCGUACCGUUGAGUUGGAUUCUGGUGGCGAGAAGUGGAUCUAUCGAUGGGGGGCCGUCGAGAUUUUUGACGGGAAUGGGAGUCAGAUCGUCGAAACCCAAGCAUACCACCGUCAAACUAUAUUCUUGAGCGAGUGGGCACCAGGGGUUAUCUAUUCAUUCAACUUCUGGUGGAUGAACGACAAAAUCAGUUGUGCGCGUUGGCACACACUUCUUAACCGACAAACGGUUUCCCUUUUCGAGCAUGCCAAUGGCACUGGGUUCGAGUUCAACAACAUCCGGGCAUGGGGAAAAACCAAGGAGGCCUAUGACCUCCAUGUUAUCAACCACGGCAACAAUCUCAGUGCAUUUUCAUGGACCUCAGUCAACCCUGUCAAGGAAAAGAUCGAACCUGUUACCAUCAGCCAAGAUCGCUCAACCUGCUCAAUGCUUUACAACGAAAAGAAAGGCGUGAACUACAGCUAUCAGGCGCAGCCAAGCAAAAUCUCGCUCAUGGAACCUGCAACUCAAGAACUCACGAUCGAAAGCACCGAUGCAACAGCAACCUCGGUCAAAGCCUGUCUACAAAGCACUGUUGCAUCUGGCUGCGAGAAGAGAGAAUCUUACGACGUCCAAUGGACACUUUCCGUCUCACACUCCUGGGACGACGCAUCCGCCAAAAGCAAAACAUACACACACACCGAAGCCCUGACCUUCGAAGAGCCACUCUACGUCUCUCCACGUUCUAGGUACAUCGCCAAGCUCUACGUGCCUGUCCGAAAGCUGGUCCACGAGGAGUACAAGACCACGGCCACGCGCUGGUACAAACAGCGCCUAGCGGGUUGUGUGCAAGAUGGCAGCCUGUACAAGCGAGAUGAGACGGUGACGGUGCAUGUGAAUGGGACGCUGCACUAUUCGCCUGAGAUGAUCUGGCAAGAGACUAAGUUCAAUGGGUAGAGUUUGGGUGGCGCGAUGGCGAGGGCGAGAGGGAACGAUGUAGUGAACACAUGUCAACGGUUUAAGUCCAGUUCUCAAAGGAAUGGGAUACAGACGAGGCUACGCUGUAACACCUUCAAUACAAUCUUCGGUGCUGAAACUACAUGUGCUUGUGCUACCUUGGUGUUGGUUCUUUGGUCUGUUUGCUGAGCAGCGAGUAAAUAGCGCUUAACAGAUGGGCAAGGUAAGAAUACUUAGGCAUAGGCAAGGCGGCGCACCACUAUCCUUUGCACUCUCUACGCUACCUAUCACCAAUCUCCUCAUCUCCAUCGCAUUUGCAUCUUCUAUCGCUAAGGCGAUUCGCACAGUCACAAAGCCGCCAUUUUGAUAUUAUAAA